AUGGCGGAUGGCGAUUUCAGGCCCGACAAGAAGCCCCUUCCGCGUAUGUUUGUAGCGGCCCGCCCUGAGUGGCGGGCGCCUAUCUGGCACGGGAAGCGUGAGGAAGACUUCGAUGAAAGUCGUCGAAAGUCGAUGAAAGACGAUGCCGCCGAAACGAAGAACGAGUUUAAUUCAGAUGUAAACCGCGCCGCAAGUACCAAAGCUUGGUCAAUCAACCCGGCUAGGUGA